AUGCUCCGCCGAGCGAGGAUCCCCCUGAACUCGACCGACCCGAGCAUCCUCCAGGAUGUCCUCGACCGCCACGCCAGCCUGCCCCUCCCGCCAUCGCCCCUCACCGCCUCAGCCCCCAGCCCACUCAGCCUCGGACUCAUGGGCCGGCGCAUCCAGCAGGCCGACCCUGCACGAGACCUCCCCCGCCCGCAGCCCCGGCUCAAGGCGCUCAUCAAGCUCGACCAUCUCCUCCGGCCCUCGCCCUCCUUCAGGCUCGCCGCCCCCCGCCGGGUCGUCUCCGCACCCGAGCCACUCCCCCCCGGCCACGCCCGCCACACGACGCACGAGCACCCCACCCGGCGGCACUCCCCGUGGCAUAUCCGGCAUCAGUCCACCCCCAGGAACCCGAUCGUCACCAUCGACGGCCUCAAGACGCGCUUCUCCUCCUCGGGAUAUCGACCCCGAAACUAUUCCUCGACCUCUUACUCUUCCCUAUCAUCCAUCUCUUCUGGGAGUACCUCGCCACCGCCCACCAGUCUCCAUGACGAGCGCCCGCUAAAACUCUCCACUGACUCCCAUCCCCGCCGACUACAGCAGAGCCACAAGCUGCUCUCCGAUCAUCCCCACCAAACCCAACAGCCACACCCCUCCACCUCCAACGCGCAGCCCAUCACCCCCUCAUCACCCAAUCGUAGACGCCGUGCCCCAGUCCUCCUCCCAGAUAGUCCGAGGCCAAAUCCCACAAGCGCAACCCCCGACUUCCUGCCCGGCGCAGCCAGGAAAAACCCUCCCCUGAGCCCCUUCUCCUCCAGAGCCGCCCCUCACCACCGAGCACUCUCACCCCAAAUGGGCAGACCUACGUCCGCUCCGUAUCCAGAAGAAACAGACCCACCACGACAGGCCGAAGCCCCCAGAUCGGAGAAGAAAUCCUCCAAGCCCCGCGGUCCUUGCUUGCGCGAAUCGGGCGGGCUCCCCCCAGUGGACCGGAUCGACACCCAAGGCUUGUCGGCCUUCAUCCGCCCGAUCAAGUAUGGCAUCCUGCAGCUCUCGUCCAACAACUCGCCCCUCAAAUCCUCCACCCUUCCGCAGCACCAGCUCGUCGACCGGCUCCAGCUUCGUCUAUGGCUCCGCGACCCGGCCUUGCUCGACCCCAUCCCCGCCGAUCUCAUCGUCAUUUCCCCGGAUGGCAGCCAAAUUGAGCUUUUGGAGACGGAGAGACAGGUGGACGGCGAGGCUGGCGAGGAAGAGCUGGGACGCUCGUACGAGAGCGCGGCGCGAAGGGUGUCGUUUUAUUCCCUGGAGGCGCUGCCGAUCGAGCUGCGGAAGAUCUACAGCUAUCUGCACAAGUUCCUCAUGAUCAUCUUCGCCGGCAUCCCGCGCGCGGUCUUCCAGCUGCACACCCCGCGCUUCCACCAGCCCGUCCGGUGCGCAGUCAUGAUGAACCUGCCCCUCCCCGACCUCCACUUCGAUUGGCUCCUCCGCCGGCCUCACUCCCCCCGCGAUCCGGGCCCCCCGGGCUGGCUCAGCCUCAAGCUGAAACUCUCCAGAUCUCGGAGGCGGUUCAAGCUCUGGAUCAACGGCCACUUGGUCCUCGACCAUCCCAUCGAGCCCUCCUUCUACACCUCUUCUCUCUUCCAUCUAGACCACCACUUCUCAGACCAUCUCGUCCACCUCCUCAGAGACUCCUUUCUUGCCUCCAAGCUCAGCCUCCCCCCCAGCAGCCCCGGACAGCAAGACGACGCGUGUCUGGACCGGUUCGAGGAUUUCUUGUCCUUCUUCCAUCCUUGCCUGCUGGUCUCUAAUCAGAUCGAACAAUCUCUCAAUCAUCACUUCUAA